GACAACAUCACAACAUCACAUCAAGUGGUGUUAGCUCAUGUCAAUUCCAGCAAACACGGCAACCUCAACUCUUGAGCAGAUCGCUGCUGACGGUUUGACUUGGCCAUCCAAUCCAGAUCAAAUCUUGUUUCUGGGUUGGCAAAACGGCAAGAAAUAUUUCUCCGCAGCACUAUCUUUCUGUGUGCCAAGGAGAAACGAAUCCUUCUUUACCUCAUUCUUCACUGCGCAAGCUGCAGGGCGAAAGCUCUUUGCGGAGUGAAAUCAGAUCAUGCACCUCCGGGCUUACCGAGUAUCUGGAUUUUCUUGAUUGAAACGACGAGUAAACAUUCAAACCCCACAUUCUCUUAAAUCAUGGCUCUUUGCUGUCGUGAUCUUAGUCUGGGUAGCUCCAUUGAGAGAUUGUUGCCGCAAUCACCGCCAUCCCCUGUCACAAUGAUAAUCCUUAGAUCGGACGGCAUGCAUUUUUAAAACACAAGAUGAACUCGAAAAGGGCAUCUCAUUGUACAGUGGUGUUUCAAGAUGAACGAAUCAACUAGAGUAACUCCGUUGUCGCCGCAUAAUCUUGGAACGUAUCGCGUUUCAGAUCCAGCCGCACUCGACAAAACUCAAAAUGGCUACCUACACACCCCAGUAUCACAGCUUAUCGUUGCCGAUUCUGAUAUCAUACAAGCAGAUAAUUAUGCAGGUAGAAUUCCGUAAGAGGGCGCAUUGUUUCGAAACUACACAGCUAUUAGCCCUCUCGCUUUGCCCUACGAACUGCAUGGAUCUGAGUGCAAAGUACAUACAUAGACGGUGGCGAUCAAUCACAAGUUUGGGCUCAACAUUGAUGCGGGUCUUCCAAAAUAUCACUGUUAAAUUUAUAUAGCACCAGCAUAAUAUUUAUAUGUGGCUAUCCCUCACUACGGAACGCACGACCCAGAUUCCAGCCAUGCCAGCCGUUAUGAAUAUGCUACAAUUGACGGAUAAUCAAGAAAUUACGUUGAACAGAUGGGCUUCAUUUAAUCUGGGCAGGCCUUGGGGUGGCUUCAUGGCCUUUUUAAUGGGUGAGACAGGUCUACAGCAAGAACAAAUAGAUCAUUGGUGGACCAGUCAAGAGAAUACUCGUCCCAAUAUUACAAUUAAAUCUGGAGAAGUAGGUCUACCUCCUCAGAUUGAUGCGUGUGGUUCUGAAAGCCGCAGUUUCAAACAUUCACACUUCGGUUUUUUAAACUCGACUUCCAUUCCAUUGAGCAACAACAUGCAAGACUUCGAUGCAAUUUUCUCCAGUCCCAUUGAUUGGUCUACUCUCGAACAAACAUGUCAUAAUGUUCAUGAGGCCUCCUCCACAGGUUUAAUGGAUUACUACCCCCACGAAAAUUGGUGCGAUCAGUUCUCGAAAAAUGGUCUGCUUCACUCGGAUACUAUGUCAUUCUCCGAUACCGAUUCACUAUCGUCAAUAUCAUCAGGUUAUGGGAGUAGCUGCGCUUCAAAUAGAUCAUCCGGACGUACUUGGGGCACUACAUCACUUUUCUCCGUAGACGAAGCUCUAGAAGCAGACCCAACUAACGUACCCCAAAGUUUCCAGCAUCAUCAGACCAUACAGCCAGCAAAAUCGGCUUCGGUUCCAAAAUUACAAUACAAAUUAGCUGAUGAUCUCGAUACAAGCGAGUUCACCACUCGACACCACAGCUCAGAAUCUAUCCCUCAACCAACUACAGACUUGAGUCGUAAAUCAAGUACAAACCUCAAUUACAAAAAGCUACCAGAUAUACCUCAAAAGUUCUUAAGGUACAGUUGUACUAAAUGCGGUCAGCUAUUUGAACGUAAAGGUGCUAAGGGUGACUGGAAAAGGCACGAACAGACAAAGUGCGAGCAACAGAAACUGUGGUACUGUAUGCCUAAAGCGCCCGCCUUUCAAGAACUUAACAUUUGGCGUUGCACAUUAUGCAACCAUACUGAUGGAAAUGGCGAUGAGAUGAUUAACCACCUCUCUAAAAAACACCGAUUUCUAAAUUGCUGGAGUAAACCCUUGUCUGAAAGAAGCCAUCCUAGGAAGGACAAGUUAAGGGAUCAUUUGAAAAAACAUCAUGCCUUAUCGGAAGGAUCCACUGGAUGGCAAGCCUGGCAUCAAGAUUUGCCCGAAAAGAAAGCUUGGGGCUGCGGCUUCUGUGGUGGUUGCCUUUUCACUUGGGACGCAAGACUUGACCAUAUUGCUGAGCACUACGAAAAGCAAGGUCUUGAUAUAUCACAAUGGUCAUUGACGAAUGUAAUUAAAGGCUUGCUCAAACAAUCUAAAGAAUGGGAUGUAUUGACUGCUUGGAACACAAUCGUUGGUCACAGUGAAAAAUCCUGUACAUGGUCAGAUAAUGACGCUCUGAUGUUGCAGCGCAAAUUAGAGUAUCGCGAGGGCGCACCUCAGAGCCUGGCCGAGGAAGCGAGGAGAUUGGCCAAAAGGUCUUCUCAUAACUUCGUACCGCAGACUUGGCCCCUCUGUGAAUCUCAUGCAGCAAGACUGGCACGAGAUUUGUUGAUUGGGCCUCCGAGAAAGAAUCCUCCAAACAGACAUGCCAGCGUUUUUCAUGGAGAAGUUUCUAGGGCACAUGUUAAACACGCAGAUUCUGAAAUACAAAGAGAUGACUACGGUGGAUUUUUCUAAUGGUCGAGAAAUCUGAAUUUUAGAGGUUCAUGCAAGAACAAUGGUGUGUGGGAGCUGGCUAUCCACAUCCUAGAGUUUUUUGAUUCAUCAGUCGAUGUCUGUAUGAGAACUCUAACGUCUUUCAGAAAUUCACACCUGAAAAUGAGCUUGGCCUGGUGCUAAACGCUAUCAAUGAUUAAAUGGAGCUAGUGGAGAAAGAUUUGGGCUGGAAAAGACAGUAAUAUGGUGUGGUGAUUCAAAGUCUCCCAAAUCAGGUUUCCGGCGGGGGUGCUGAUGGAUAACACAAGAUCGACAGUAAUUGUGGAAAUACAGCAUUAGAGUUAAUACUCAAAAGCAGACUUCAGGCAAGUUUUUAAUGAUAUCAAUGAUUUACUUUCUUCUAAAGCUCCGUCCAAGUAAAUCAAUAAGGUCUUACAAUGGUGACUUUGAUCAGGCAGGAAGAAUGAUAGAAGCGAUGUGAGAUUUUUGAAGAUUGGAGGAAUUUAGUAGUGACUUCUUUGGGGCAUACAAGACUUAUUGUGAAAAUAUUACAGCACACUCUCGAUCAUACAUCUCACCAAAAACGUCUGCCGGCUUUUGGUAGCCAUGUGACUAGGGCUCUACUUUCAUUCCUAUUCAGGGAUGAGGCAGCUCUGAUUAUGGUUUAUACCUUCACUCAUGUCUAAACGUAGAGGCGAGUGGUGAAUUCAACUAGUACAACAUAUGAGAGAGUACCAUAGACAAUCCAACACUAUACGAAACAACAGUAUCGCGAUAGCUUUUCAAAGAAACAGCGAGAAGAUUGAAAUACUGCUACGUCAACACACUAUUUGUUCGGUCAUCGAGAUUUAGAUUUUCCUGGAGAAUUAGCUCGUCUAGCGAGUAAAUACUUGUGAAAUUCGGCAUGCCUCAUCGAGCGAAUGGAGAUGAUAAUUUUCUAAUACAUUCCGCAUGAGCAGUCAUGACUUGUGCUUCUACUGAGUGCUGAUUGAUUCAAAAUUCGGUAUCUAGGCAUCUUGUCCGGAGAAAACUAACCAUAUUUCUAAACUGGGGAGGUGUCAUUGUUCGGCUGUCUAGAUUGUGUUAUGGGUAUUUAGAACGCUACUGCAGAUUCCACUUAAUAAAUUCCAUAAAUAGCA